AUGGCCAAGAUUGUUAUUGUCGGAGCCGGUGUGGUUGGAUUGACUGUUGCCUAUGAGCUCUUAAAUGAAAAGGGUUCAAACCACAGAAUUACUAUUGUAGCAUCACAGAUCCCAAUGGACUGGGAAUAUAAUGAUAACUACACAAGUCCUUUUGCUGGUGCUAAUUGGGCAUCAUUUGCUGGACCAAAUGAUAUUAGACAGCAAAAUAUCGACGAGGUCGGUUACAGCAAAUUUAAGAAGCUUGCUGAGACAAAACCCGAAGCCGGAAUCAUAAAAAGGGUUGAUCAAAACUAUGUUACUUACGACAGAUUUAAGGCUUGGGGAAACAAAAUUAGACUUCCAUGGCUUAAGAGAAUGAAGGAGAUUAACUUCCGAAUGGUGGAUGACUAUGAUAAAUCACUUUAUCGCUAUUCGUAUGCUUACGAUGGUUUUGUUAUCAGUACCACACAUUAUCUGACCUUCCUUUGGAAUGAAUGUGUCAAAUCAGGUCGGUUUGAACUUAGAAGGAAGAAACUACACAAUUUGGAUGAGGCUUAUGAUCUUCAUCAUGAUGGAGGUAAGGCUGACAUCGUGAUUAAUUGUAGCGGAAUUGGGGCACGCGAACUCGUUCCUGAUUCUGGAAUAUACGGUGUGCGUGGUGUUCUUCUUCUUGUUCAAAACGAUGUGAAAUUGGACAAGAUUAUCGGUAUUAAGAACGUCGAGCCAACAUACAAAGAUGAAGGUUUGUACAUCAUGCCAAGGCAGGAGGGUGAUAUGGUUAUUGGUGGUUGUUUCCAGGUUGGAAAAGAGGAUGAAAAGACCGUCAGUGAUGCUCAAUGUCAACGCAUGUUGGCAAGAGCUGUGAAGUAUUUACCUUGGCUUCCAUGGAAGGACUUCAAGAUUAUUAGAAAACAGGUUGGUUUCAGACCAUUUCGUAAGGGAGGACUCAGAAUUGAGUAUGAUAAAGAAAAGAAGAGUCUCAUUCACUGCUAUGGUCAUGGCGGUGCUGGUUACCAGGCUUCUUGGGGUUCUUCAGCAAUCGUCAGAAAAUUGGUGAAGGAUUAUUUGGCCGACAACAGUCAGAAACGCUGCUGCAAGCUAUGA